AUGCUGAAGCAAAUACCAACAGUAACGACAGCAACGACAACGACAAAGGCAACAGAGACAUGGGUAGAGGCCGAUGGCUGGUGGCUUCGGGACUUGUUUGUCAAGUACGGCCAUCAUAUCAGGUCGUUGGACGUGUCCAGCCCAGCGUUGAUUGCCGCCAUCAGCAGCGCAGGAACUUGCACUGGGCUGCAAUCAUUCAAGGUAUGGUCCGUACGUAACCGGGGCGGAGGCUGGUACACGCCAACAUGGAUCAGUCGGGACUCCGACCAACAGCAACAGCCGUUCGCACCUCUGGAAGCACCCGGACCUUUGGUCUCGCCUGUUUUUGAGGGCCACAUCCUGCCAAAUCCAGCAGCUCACCCAGCUAAGGAGGAUGCGUUGGAGUACUGGAACCUAGCGCAGCAUGUCUGGCUGAUUGUCCGACAGAACGUGGGGCUGCAACGUCUGACGCUGGGCAAGGACAUCUCGCAACUGGCGGUCGUCUCUGCGGACUUUAUUCACGACACCCUUUCGCCACUGCAGAACCUGGAAGAAUUCGAAUUCUCUCCGCCGGAACUUGACCUUGACAGAUAUCUGAGCAUGCUACCCAAGCUGCAGUCAUUUAUCUCGGAUCAGGGACCCAUCGACUCUGGGGAUCUCUUACGACCCUACAGUCAGCUCUUGAAUCUCAGUCUUCACUUAACGAGGAUGGCCUGUCCACGAUUAUUCUCCCUCCUAAAGAACCUUCCAGGCCUCGUCUCAUUAAGGAUUGGAAGAUUCGAUGACUGCGGUUGGUCUGUCGACCGGGUGAAGGAGUUUCUGGGGGACGCGCCCAUCAACCUGCAAGAUCUUUAUUUCGGCCGUUACCAAUGGCGGAACUACCGUGAUCAUGAGGUAGCGACACUCUUGAUCCCCACGCUGACUCGGUUGACCACGAUUGUCGUUCUGAGAGAGAACUCGGAGACUGCCAGGGCUGUAGGGUUGUAUUGCAGGCACUUGCAAGUGUUUCGACAGGCCACAGACGAGACCUCGCUUCAUCCAGUCAAUGGGUAUCCGAUGGUACCUAACGCCUUGUGCGGGAUUAUAGAGUCAUGUCCGGACCUUGAGGAAUUGGACGCCAUCAGUCACAAAUUUGAAGCGCAGAGACUGUUGGAGUGUCAGUGGGCGAGCUCGAGGCUGAUUGUGUUCCGCGUCCAGAUCAUUGGGGUCGAACGUUUGACCGCAGAGCAGCAAGAUGUGAUGGAUACUCUUGUUGGUUCAGGACGACUACGACUCGACAACAGUACGGACUUGCAAGAGGAUUUACUGUCGGAGGACGAGCGUGGAGCAGUGAGCCAACUACAGCGUAGUCGACUACAACAGCAGGAGAUCCUUAGCCGGAUGAGUCACCAAUGGAUAUCUCUCACAACGCUCUGCUUCGGACUCGAGUACAGGAGACGUGCCUCGUAUCAUCUUGAUGUGCCUCCUCACUAUGAAGGCGAUGACGGUGAAUACCUCGGAUAUGGCGAGCCUAUCCCUAACACGUUGGAGCUGUCUUUGGAGUCCGGACUAGAUCGACUUUCGACGUUGAAUGAUCUGGAGAUGUUUGGGUUUGAGGGAUUGGACCAUCGCAUUGGGAAGGCUGAACUCGAGUGGAUGGCUGUGAGCUGGCCAAGGAUUAAGAUCAUGCCUGGACUGCGGGGGUACUAG